CAAAUCUAAUAAUCCACUGGUCGAGAAGAAAAGAUAUUUAAAAAAAAAAAUCCAGAAAAGGAAUUUUGAUUAAAUCAUCCAAUUUGGACGCGCAAUUUUCUUUCCCGCUCCCUUCUUCUUCUUCUUCUUCUCCCCGUCAAACCCAAUUUAGGGUUUUACAGUCCUUUAUCCCCUUCACUCUUCACUCCACUCUCCGUUAAAUCUCUCCGUUAAAAAUGAUGUACGGUGGUGAUCCUCAGCAACAGCAACAGCAACACCACCACCACCACCAGCUGCAGCAGCAGCAGCAACAGCAACAGCAACAGCAGCAGCAGCAGCAGCAACACCUCCACCAACAUAUGCAACAUCAGCCGCCACCUGGUAAUGACUUCCACCGAGGCCCCCCGCCACCGCCAAUGAUGCGGCAACCCUCCGCUUCAUCAACAACUCUUAGUCCUCUCGAUUACCACCACCACCACCACCCUCCGCAGGCCGCCCCCGGUCCUCCUCAUCCUAAUUACGAAGGUCACGGUGAUGGUUAUGGUGGAAAAAGGAUGAGGAAGCUUACGCAAAGGAGAGCUGUUGAUUAUACAAGCACGGUUGUUAGGUAUAUUCAGACUCGUAUGUGGCAGAGGGACUCGAGGGACAGGACAAUAUUGCAACAUACCCCAGCAGCUGCAAUUGAUGUGUUGCCUACAGUUGCCUAUUCUGAUAAUCCAUCAACAAGCUUUGCUGCAAAAUUUGUUCAUACAUCUCUAAACAAAAACCGUUGUUCAAUUAAUCAGGUUUUGUGGACUCCAAAUGGGAGACGUCUAAUCACAGGUUCUCAAAGUGGGGAAUUCACCCUGUGGAAUGGACAGUCAUUUAAUUUUGAAAUGAUUCUUCAGGCUCAUGAUCAAGCAAUCAGGUCUAUGGUAUGGAGCCACAAUGACAAUUGGAUGGUCUCCGGUGAUGAUGGUGGUGCAAUUAAGUAUUGGCAGAGCAACAUGAAUAAUGUUAAGGCCAAUAAAUCUGCUCAUAAAGAAUCAGUGCGAGGCUUAAGUUUCUGUAGGACAGAUUUGAAGUUCUGUUCCUGCUCUGAUGACACUACUGUUAAAGUUUGGGACUUUGCCCGGUGUCAUGAAGAGCGUUCAUUAACGGGCCAUGGUUGGGAUGUGAAGAGUGUUGAUUGGCACCCUACAAAAUCUCUACUAGUGUCAGGUGGGAAAGACAAUCUAGUAAAACUCUGGGAUGCUAAAUCUGGAAAAGAGCUUUGCUCAUUUCAUGGCCACAAAAAUACUGUGCUUUGUGUCAAAUGGAACCAAAAUGGUAACUGGGUGCUGACUGCUUCAAAAGAUCAAAUUAUCAAGCUUUAUGAUAUAAGGGCAAUGAAGGAGCUUGAAUCUUUCCGUGGGCAUCGGAAGGACGUGACUGCAUUGGCUUGGCAUCCAUUCCAUGAAGAGUACUUCGUCAGUGGGAGUUACGACGGAUCCAUUUUCCAUUGGCUUGUGGGGCAUGAAACCCCUCAGAUUGAAGUUUCCAGUGCUCAUGAUAAUAGUGUUUGGGAUCUUGCAUGGCAUCCAAUCGGAUAUCUUCUUUGCAGUGGUAGCAAUGAUCACACGACAAAGUUUUGGUGCCGAAAUAGGCCAGGAGGCACUGCCCGUGAUAAAUUUAACAUGGGUCAAAACCAAGGUUAUGGUGAACAGAAUCCUGCCCUUGGUGGCCGCUUCCCUGGCAAUUUCCAUGUACCUGAACCACCGACAACUCCAGGACCAUUUGCUCCUGGACUGACUCGAAAUGAAGGAACUAUUCCAGGUGUUGGAGCUGCAAUGCCACUAUCGAUUCAAUCUAUUGAUGCAUCCCAGGGAGAGCAGAAGCAGCCUCUUCCUAUUUCUAUGCCCUUUGGAGCACCUCCUCUUCCUCCUGGUCCGCACCCGUCGCUACUUGUUGCUAAUCAGCAGCAGGGAUAUCAACAAAAUCCACAGCAGAUGCCACAACAGCAACACCAACCACACCCUCAGCACAUGCCUUCUUUGCCUAUGCCGCCUCCAAAUAUGCAACAGCUACAGCCUCCAUCCCAUGUGCCCCUGCUCCCUCAUCUGCAUCUACCCCGCCCUCCACAAAUGCCCCCUCAUGGCAUGCCUUCACCAAUCCCAUCUUCCAUGCCCGGAUCUUUACCUUCAUCACUGCCUGGUGCAAUGGGGAUGCAAGGGACAAUGAAUCAGAUGGUACCUUCAUUACAACAAGGCCAUUUUAUGGGCAUGAAUCCAUUGCAUGCAGGAUCCUUACCCACUAGUGCCGCCCCUCCAGUUGGUGGGGGUUUUCCAAAUGGCCUGCCAAAUAUGCAGGGCCCAUCAAAUGCAAGUGGGGGCCAAAUUUAUUCACAGGGUGGUCCAUUCAACCGUCCACAAGGAGGACAGAUGCCAAUGAUGCCUGGGUUUAAUCCUUACCAGUCUGGGAAUCAAUCUGGUAUGCCUCCACCACUACCACCUGGUCCACCACCACAUUCACAGACACCUCAGUAGAACCAUUGUUCCAUCAUGGAAGGUCAGCUGCCUAGGACUCAAAGAAGAGAGAAUGCUUUUGCUGCUUGUGCUCAUACUAACAACUCAACUUAAAAGUCGCGGUUCGGUGCCUCUGCUAAUUUUCGUUUUACCUUGUAGUCAUGUUUAGUGCUUUACACUGAAUAUCCUUCUGCCCCAUUCCCGAUUGGCGAUACAAGAUUGUACAAGUAGGCCUCAUGUUUAUACUUUUAUUAUUACUCUUAACUGAAUAUCUUUUUGCCUUGUGGUUCACUCUGA